CGGGACGGUGGAGUAAACAGCUUACAUGCGUGUCGGCGUUUUUUCUCUCAAAGUUUACUUUAAAAAACAUUGCUAAAUUAAAUGUUAGCAAAGCUUUUGGCAAGGCAGUUGGAGUGGACCAUAUAGAUGGAAAUGGUUAACUACACAGCUACGAUACAGUUCAAGUUUAUUGAUAUCCGUUUCCACUUGGUGCAAAUCGACCACUAGCUUCAAAUAAACCGCCGCUAUACUUCUAAUAUUUUGAUAACCAUUCGGCUGCGGAUGUAGCAUAUGAAAUGCCUAUGAGAGGAGUGUGCAGGAGGAACCCGGAGACAUUUUCCUCCAAUCACCUCCGCCGUUUAAGAUUAGCCUAAUUAUUAAUUAAAGGGAGUUGAAGAGAGCGAGCGAGGUCAGUGCGUAAUUCCUGCGCUCGACAUACACCGGCAAGAUUUUUUCCACCAAAAUGACGGAGAAGCGCAUUUCACGUUGGUACUUUGGUGGAAUUUCCUCCAGCGCUGCUGCCUGCAUAACUCACCCCUUAGAUCUGAUCAAGGUGCACUUACAGACCCAACAGGAAGUAAGGAUGAAGAUGAUGGGCAUGGCCAUAAGUGUGGUGAGACGAGAGGGGCUGUUGGCACUUUACAGUGGUCUCAGUGCCUCCCUCUGCAGACAGAUGACAUACUCGCUCUCCCGCUUCGCAAUCUAUGAGACAGUGAGGGACAUGAUGGGCUCUUGGAACAAAGGACCCAUGCCUUUCUACCAGAAGGUUCUACUGGGUGCCUUUGGAGGGUUCACAGGUGGUUUUAUUGGGACACCUGCCGACAUGGUUAAUGUCAGAAUGCAGAAUGAUGUCAAGUUGCCCAAAGAACUCCGAAGAAACUAUGCCCAUGCACUGGACGGACUGUUCCGGGUUUGGAAGGAGGAGGGAAUGAGAAAGCUGUUCUCUGGGGCCACCAUGGCAUCAACCAGAGGGGCUCUGGUAACCGUUGGACAGCUGGCCUGUUAUGACCAGUCCAAGCAGCUCGUUUUGGCAACUGGGGCCAUGACUGACAACAUUCUCACCCACUUUGUGGCCAGCCUCUUCGCGGGUGGCUGUGCAACUGUCCUGUGCCAGCCCCUGGAUGUCAUGAAAACCAGGUUAAUGAACUCCAAGGGAGAAUAUGGGGGGGUGUUCCACUGUCUGACAGAAACGGCUAAGCUGGGACCUAAAGCUUUCUACAAGGGCCUUGUUCCUGCUGGCAUCCGGCUCAUUCCUCACACCGUCUUAACCUUCAUCUUCCUGGAGCAGCUGAGGAAGCACUUUGGCAUUGUGGUCACCACCUGAGCAGAGGGCCAUGACCUUUGACCUGUGUCAGCCCCAGUGCCAGAGCCACUCCCAGCCCUUCCACCAUGGUUGGCAGACUGGUUCAGCGGACCCCAUCUACGUAAUACACCCAGCCGGGCCUGGACCCAACUGACUGCACAGAGAACCAGGACCAGGCCAUGGCUGCAUGACUCCUCGUUCCUGUGUCACAUGCACCACUUGCAAGAAACGCAUCCUUCAACUCUGGGAGGCUGCACAGUGACUGGAAGAAGACACAUUAGACCAUACUUUGAUUGGUGACUGAAUGAAUGGAUGCUAAGGAGUGCCUGUGACUGAAUUGUGAACAGACAUAGACAUGUCCCUCAAUGGAAAUUCUAUUGGAACUAAAUAGCCAACUCCACAUUCACCCAUCCUACACUUGCUGCCUGUUUUUUAUGCCCUGCAGAGGGCAGUGUUACACUGAGAUUCCAAUUGGUGGGUUACAGGUAGACUCGACAAGUCUCUAGUGUGGAUGUGUGACAGAGGAUGGAUGGUUUCUUAAGGAAUUAGUUGAUAGUUAACAAAGGCCAUUCUUAAUUAACUGGCUUUUGUAUUUUGUACCGUAGAAUUCAUCCAAACGGAUUGAUUCACCUGAAAUAUUAAAACUGACUCUUGUACAGACGUAUCAAAUCUCCGUAAAAAUCCUGUUUAUUUGAUAAAUGAGUACUGAAUAAAAAAUGACUCUAAUUGUG